AAGACAGACUCUCUAGAAUUGGAGGUGAUUUUUCCUAACACACCCCUCAUUCCAACACUGUCCAUCCUUGUUCCAAGGCGGUCCAUGGUGAUUUGGGUCUAAAAGAUCUUCCAAGGAAAGCCCAAGCAUCCCAGCUCUUCCCAAGAGGCUAUCCAGGAGUCUGUGAGGGGGCUGACCUGAGGCAUCAUCACAACCAGGAUCUCCAGAGGAAGGUUUACGUACGAAACAAGAUGUAUCUCGUGAGUGAGGACCAUAUGGUGCAGACCCUGUAUCAAUCACUGGCCAAAAACAUCCCAGAAUCCCUGAAGGUGUAUGGCUCCAUUUUCCACAUCAUUCAUGGAAACCCCUUCAACUUGGAAAUACUGGUGGACUCCUGGCCAGACUAUCAUACUGUCAUUACCCGGCCUAAGAAAGAGGAUAUGGUUGACAAAUUGGAUCAAUACACAAACACCUACCAUAUCUUCACCAAGGACCUUCAGAAAUGCAAGCAAUUUAUAGAAGCUACCGAAGUCAUCGACUGGGACCAAACCAUUCAGAUUCAAGGUUGCCAGGAGAGUUUGGAUGAAAGCAUAAGGAAAAUUGCAGCUUCCAAGUCCAUUCAGGUGGAACAUUUAAGCAAUGUUCUCUUUGUAAAAGACGAAAUUAAACAACUUGCAACAGCUGAGAGCAAGUGUCUGACAGCCAUGCCAGAACCAAAGAUGUUUGAUAGAAAUCAAGAGUUCAAGUUGGCUCCCAUGAGUGUAUCCCAUGCAAAACUUGUAAACGAUAAUUGGGAGCUGGGUCUGAAUGAGAAGAGCCUGAAUUAUGUCCGACGUUGCAUUCAGAACUUUCCAUCUUUUUGCCUACUGAAUUCUGAGGGGGAUCCCAUUACCUGGAGUAUAAUGGAUCAAACUGGAGAGAUUAGGAUGGCCUACACUCUCCCCAAAUACCGAGGAAAGGGUGCCCAAACAUAUCUGGAGAUCGUCAUUAUACAGUAUCUUCUCAAAGAAAAAAUUCCAUUUUUCCUACAUGUAGCAGAAAAGAAGAAAUUCCUCUUUAAUGCUUUGUUACGGGCUGGUUUCCAUGAUUUCUUUCAUGGAUGGAACCAGUGGAAGUUAACCCCAAAUAACUUCAGCUGACUGAUGCUAUUACCUAGAGAAUAUUUGAGGAUGGAGUUAACUUGUAUAUAUGCAUACAUACAUACAUAGAUAUGUAUUUUAACUCAAUUUUUAACUCAAUGCUUAGCAGUGUCUAGAACAUAGUAGGCAUUUAACAAAUGCUUAUUGAAUAAAUGAAUGAAAGUUACCAAAUAGGUUGAGCCUUGUAACACUAUCUGGCUAUACCCCAAAAGGCAAAGUGAAUUUUUCUAUUCCUUACCCUCCCCUUCCUAAGUGGAAAUACCCACAUUCUUUCUGCAAUAGAAUCAUUAAAUGAGGACAACAUUAAGAGCCAGCUUUUAGCAUAUGUUAUUUUAUUUUGCAUACAUUAUUUUAUUUUAGAUUCAUGAUAUUUUAUUACAUGAUAUGAAGAGGGAAAGGACUGUGUAUACUAAGUUAAUCUGACUGUUUUUUCAGAUUAAUAUUCUUAGUGAAACUUAAAGUUAAAAAACAAAAAAUGUGUUUGUGUUGUAGUUGCUGUUUGUAUCAUGUUUAUAUAUAUGUAUGCUUUCAAAAAUAUUUUGAAUAAACAUGAAAUUCAACUUUUCUAAUAAAAGUUAAACUUCAUGUAAUCUAAAAACAAAACAAAACAAAACAAACAAACAAACAAAAACAAGAGCCAGUUUUUACAUACUGCUUUAAGUUUUGCAAAGCACUUUUUAUUUUAGCUGGUCCUCACAACAGUCCUGUGAGGUAGAUACUAUUAUUAUUCCUACUUUACAGAUGAGAAAACCAAGGAAAAGAGAGGUAAAGUGACUUUUCCAGAGUCAUCCAUGAAUUGCAAGGUGUAAAAAAUUAAAAUUGAGUCUCAAAUAAUAAAAAAAUAUAUUAUUUUAAGGGAUUUAUUAAAUGAUCAUUAGAAAUCAAGGAAUAAGGAGGAUACAAAAUAAAAACCAUGUGCCCAUGGUUGGUUAGCCAUUUUUAAAAUCCCCACCUUACCACCAUCAUCACUGAUUGCUGCAUCAUGCCAAAGAAGGUGUGGGAGGAGUACAGCCAGUUAAAUACCAAUAAUGUGAUCUCACCAAUGUGGAGACAGGAAAGAUUAUAGGGUAUUUUGGGAAACACGAAGAUCUUCUGGGGAAUUAAGUCAAAGGUUCAAAAUCUCUAUUUAUAAAGCCAGAUUUGAACUCUUCUUAGCCAGGAUUUGAAUUCAGAUCUUCCAGCCUCCAAGGCCAGUCCUCCUACCCCCUGUGCCAUCUAACCCAUCCAGUUCAAUUUCCAUUACUUGCAGAUGAGAAAAAGGAGGCCAUUGAGGGGCAGAGGUUUGCCUAGAGUCUUAUGGAUUAUUAAUGACAUGGAAUCUUUGAUAGUAAAAAGAACUCUGACUCUGGAGUCAGAAAUCCCAAUUCUAGGUCACCAUGUACGAACCACUUGACCUCCCUAGUAUAGGACCUCAUUUUUCUUAUCUGAAACUUUGGAGGAGUUGAAGUCAUUGCUCUCUGAGUUCCUUUUCAGCUCACAUUCUAUGAAUAAGACUUCUUCCCAACAUCAUCACACACAAGGAGCUCAGAAGUUCCAUGUCCUUUCUACUACGCCACAUUGUCUCUUCUACAGUCACAGUUCUCAGAAGUCUAGUGGUAGAGAGGAUUAAAAUCAGUACCUUCUGAUGGAAUACUAUUGUGCUCAAAGGAAUAAUAAAGUGGAGGAAUUCCAUGGGAACUGGGACGACCUCCAGGAAGUGAUGCAGAGUGAGAGGAACAGAACCAGGAGAACAUUAUACACAGAGACUGAUACAAUGUGGUACAAUCAAAUGUAAUGGACUUCUCCCUUCAUGGCAAUGCAUUGAUCGUGAACAACUUGGAGGAAUCUAUGAGAAAAACCACUAUCCACAUUCAGAGGAAAAACUGUGGCAGUAGAAUCAACGAAGAAAAACAACUGCUUGAAUACAUGGGUUGAGGGGAUAUAGCUGGGGGUGUAGACCUCUAAAUGAGCAUCCUAAUGCAAGCACCAAUAACAUGGAAAUAGGUCCUGAUCAAGGACACAAGUAAUACUCAAUGAAAUUGUGCAUCGGCUGUGGGAAGGGUGGGUGGAGGGGAGGGAGGGAAAUAAUGUAAUUAUUGUAACCAAGGAAUAAUGUUCUAAAUUGACUAAAUAAAUUAAUUCAAAUAAAAAAAUAAAAGGUUUGCCAUCACUGUCAAAAAAUAAAUAUAAUAAAAUCAAGUACAUGAGAACUCAAAAAAUAAAA